UAUUUUUGUCUCCAUUUGUACUGAUGUUUGGGCACAGCCCAAAUACUAGAGAGAAUUUCCCAUCAUCGUUACCCACGCACUUGUUCUGUUUCUUUUCUCAGUCAUUUCCACAAACACUUUGAAUGCAUAAUGAACUCCUCGCUACACUCAAAUGCCGACCCACGAAUCCUCCACGCCCAAGCCAUAAAAUCACCGCACACAACCCUCUCAUUCCUCAAUCGCCUGAUCACCCUCUACUCAAAAUCACCAAACCCCCUCACCUCCUCCUAUACUAACCGCCUAUUCUCUCUUCUCCCGUCACCCAACAUAGUCUCAUGGACUUCCCUCAUCUCAGCCCACACCAACUCCCUCACUUCUCUUUACCACUUCAUCUCCAUGCUCCGCCACCCCAUUCUCCCCAACCAGCGAACCCUCGCUUCGCUCUUCAAAGCCUGCACGAAUCUCGCCGCUCUUUCGUUCGGGUUCAGUCUUCACUCCAUGAGUUUGAAACUUUGUCUUAGUACCCAACCCUUUUCUGGGUCUGCUUUGGUGAAUUUUUACUUUAAAUGUGGGUUGGCGGAGGAUGCGCGGAAGGUGUUCGAUGAAAUGCCUGAGAGAGAUGAGGUUUGCUAUGGCGCUUUGAUUGUGGGGUUGGCUCAGAAUUGUAAAGGUGUUGAUGCGUUGGCUGCGUUUGUGGAGAUGAAGAGUUGUGGUGUUGCGUCUACGGCUUAUAGUGUUUCGGGGGUUUUACGGGCGGCUGCGGAUAUGGCGGCGUUGGAGCAAUGUAGAGUGAUUCAUGGACAUGCUGUUGUUUCCGGAUUGGAUAGGAAUGUGGUUGUGGGGAAUAGUUUGAUUGAUGGGUAUGGGAAGGCAGGAGUUGUAAGGGAUGCUAGGAUCGUUUUUGAUGAGUUGCCGGGUUUGAAUUUGAUUGUGUGGAACACAAUGAUGGCUGUUUACGCACAACAGGGCGAUAAGAACUCGGUCAUGGAGUUAUUUAAAUCUAUGGAAGGUGAAGGGUUUGUGCCUGAUGCAUAUAGUUUAUUGGCUAUGUUAACAGCUUUUUCUAAUGCGGGUUCGUUUCUUGAGAGCGAACAAUGGCUUCGCAGGAUGAAAGCGGAUUAUGGGGUGGAACCUGGUUUGGAGCAUUAUACAUGCUUGGUGGGUGCAAUGGGGAGAGCAGGAAGACUAGAGGAAGCAGAAAGGAUUGCAACGACAAUGCCAUUCGAGGCGGAUGCUGCAGUGUGGCGAGCAUUGUUGUCCUCCUGUGCAUAUCAUGGUGAUGCAGACAGGGCGAUAUUGUUUGCUAAGAGGUUAUUAGAGCUUGACCCUCAUGACGAUUCUGCUUACUCAAUUGCUGCGAAUGUUUUAUCGGCUAAAGGAAGGUGGGACGAGGUUACAGAAGUGAGGAAACUAAUGAAAGAUAAGAGGGUGAAGAAGCAAGGAGGUAAGAGUUGGAUUGAAGUAAAAGGAAAAGUUCACGUAUUUUUGUCCGAAGACCGUAUGCAUGAGAGAAAUCAAGAAAUUUAUUCCAAGUUAGCUGAACUGAGGGAGGAAAUUGAGAAAUUAGGGUACAUGCCGGUUUUGGAUGAGAUGUUGCAUGAAGUAGGGAAGAACGAGAAAAUGGAAGCGCUUUGGUAUCACAGCGAGAAGUUGGCUCUUGCAUUUGGUAUGAUUAGUGGAGCAGCUCCGCCAGGGAAGGCGCUGAGGAUUGUGAAAAACUUGAGGAUUUGUAAGGAUUGCCAUGAGGCUUUCAAGUAUUUCAGCAUUGUGGUAGAGAGGGAGAUUAUUGUUAGGGAUGUUAACAGAUACCAUAGAUUUGUUAAUGGUAAAUGCAACUGUGGAGGAGUUUGGUAACUAAUUGACUACAUUGAACGGAAAUGCUGAAACGUGAAACGUUGAAAUAGAAAAAUUGCAAAACGAUAAUUUUUAUAAAAAUAGGACCAUGUUUGGUUCAUGGAAUAGGUCCGGAAUAGAAUAACUAUUCCGUAUUGAAUAGUUAUUCCUCACUUUGGUUCAUGGAAUAGUUCCAUGAUUUUAUGGAAUAACUACUCCUCUCAAAAAGUAAAGAAUAGCUAUUCCAUUCCUCAUGGAAUAGCUAUUCUAUUCCAUGCUAUUCCAUUCCAUGAACCAAACAUGGCCUAGGUUAUAAGUAUAAAGUUCCUUCCAGAGUUUCAAAAGUACUUUUGGAAACUGAAAACGAACCGCCGAAACUAGUUUUUGUGCACAUAGUCAUAGCUUGCUGAAGAGGGACCUUCAUAGUGCUCAAUGAGACAGAAUCCAUUCCUCUUUAGUUAUUGAUCAGCUAUAGUAAACUGGUAUAAUUCUUUUUGCAAGCUACUGUUAUUGGUGCCUUGAAUAUGCAGUAGGACAAUCAUUUCUUGUCCUCAAUUAUCACAGCUUCUGCUGCCAAAUUGGCCUGUCAAGUGGACCAAUUUGAUGUUGAUUUAAGUUGCCUUAACAAGUCAAUGAAAUCUCACAACUUCAUCACUUUGUUUUA